AUGUCUGAUGCGGCCGGUGUAACAUUACGAACACGCAAAUUCCUUACCAACCGUCUUUUAAAUCGUAAACAAUUUGUGGUGGAUGUUAUUCACCCUGGCCUUUCAAAUUUGUCCAAAGAUGACAUUCGUGAAAAGCUUUCUAAAAUGUAUAAAGCCGAUAAGGAAACUAUAUUCGUCUUUGGCUUUCGUACGAUUUUUGGAGGAGGCAGAUCAACAGGAUUUGGUCUAAUAUACGAUGAUCUUGCUGCUGCUAAAAAAUUUGAACCGAAAUAUAGGCUUGUCAGGCACAAACUUGCAGAACCAGAGAAAACCGCCCGAAAACAACGUAAGGAAAGAAAGAACCGCGCCAAGAAAUUCCGUG